AUGUCAGAGUUACCUCAGGACGUAGAGCCGCAGGUGCUACACACACAGUACGUUGCGCCGCGCGAGGCGCAGACGCAGUACGUUGCGCAGGAGGCGCAUCCACACGUGCAGGACUCGUAUUACACGAACAGCGUGACUACCAAGACGCACUCGACGCGCACGCACGACACACACGAUGAGUUGGACGGCUCGGAGGACUUCGGGCGCAACCUGCUCACCGCGGCGCUGGGCGAGUUUUUCGGGACCAUCUUCUUUUUGUGGCCCGCGUUCGUGAUCGCGCAGAUCGCGAACCACGACGAGACGACGGCGGGCCCCGGCUCGCACCCCGGGCAGCUGAUCAUGAUUUCGCUGGGCUUCGGGCUGUCGGUGAUGGUGGCGGUGUUCAUCUUCUACCGGGUGUGCGGCGGGAACCUCAACCCCGCGGUGACGCUGACGCUGAUCCUGGCGGGCGCGGUGCCGCUCGUGCGUGGCUUGGUGAUGAUGGUCGCGCAGGUGCUGGGCGGCAUGGUCGCGGCAGGGCUGGUCAAGGCCAUGACGCCGGGCCCGGUGCUGUUCUCGAACGCGCUGGGCGGCGGCUGCUCGCGCUCGCGCGGCGUGUUCCUCGAGGCCUUCGGCACGGCCAUCCUGUGUACCACCGUGCUCUUCCUCGCCGUGGAAAAGCACCGCGCCACCUACAUGGCGCCGUUCGGUAUCGGGAUGGCGCUGCUGGUCGCACACCUGGUGUGUGUGUUCUACACGGGCGCGGGCCUGAACCCCGCGCGCUCGUUCGGACCGGCCAUCGCCCACCUCAGCUUCCCCAACUACCACUGGAUCUACUGGAUCGGCCCCUUCCUGGGCUCACUCAUCGCCUGGGGUGUUUGGAAGCUGUUCAAGGUGCUCCACUACGAGACCUGCAACCCCGGCCAGGACAGCGACCGCGAGUAA